AUGUUGAGCCUGCAUGGAUUCCAGCCUUCCCUCAGCUCACUCAUGGGAACUGAGUGGCCAGUGCGCAGUCUCUGGCCGGAGAUCACAUCUCUUUACAGACAAGCAGACGUUCUGCUGGAGCUGAAGAGCAGCCUGGAGCAGCUGGAGAAACUUCAGCACAUGGUCUUUGAGGAGAUCCAGCAGAUGCCACCCUAGCAGGAGAUCUACCCAAUCGCCUGAACAAUGGAGAAAGAGGGAAGCGGCUUUGCUUUGACGCUGAACACGAAAGAUUUUUCCCCAGAAGAACUGUCAGUCAGACAGGUGCGCAGGAAGCUGCAUGUCAGCGGAAAGACCGAGAAGAAGCAGGAGGAUGGGAAGGGCUCAUACUCUUACAGAACCCAAGAGUUCAGACGGGUGUUUGCUCUGCCUCAAGGAGUGUUUAUAAAAUAG